CUCGGUUAUAAGAUGGCGGCGCUGAGCGGCGACGGCGGCACGGAGCAGGGCCAGGCUCUGUUCAACGGGGACAUGGAGCCCGAGGCCGGCGCCGCGGCCUCCUCGUCUGCGGACCCGGCCAUCCCCGAGGAGGUGUGGAAUAUCAAACAAAUGAUUAAGUUGACACAGGAACAUAUAGAGGCACUAUUGGACAAAUUUGGUGGGGAGCAUAAUCCACCAUCAAUAUAUCUGGAGGCCUAUGAAGAAUACACCAGCAAGCUAGAUGCCCUCCAACAAAGAGAACAACAGUUAUUGGAAUCCCUGGGGAAUGGAACUGAUUUUUCUGUUUCUAGCUCUGCAUCAACGGACACCGUUACAUCUUCUUCCUCUUCUAGCCUUUCAGUGCUACCUUCAUCUCUUUCAGUUUUUCAAAAUCCCACAGAUGUGUCACGGAGCAACCCUAAGUCACCACAAAAACCUAUUGUUAGAGUCUUCCUGCCCAACAAACAGAGGACAGUGGUCCCUGCAAGGUGUGGAGUUACAGUCCGGGACAGUCUAAAGAAAGCCUUGAUGAUGAGAGGUCUAAUCCCAGAAUGCUGUGCUGUUUACAGAAUUCAGGAUGGAGAGAAGAAGCCAAUUGGUUGGGACACUGAUAUUUCUUGGCUUACUGGAGAGGAAUUGCAUGUAGAAGUAUUGGAGAAUGUUCCACUUACAACACACAACUUUGUACGAAAAACUUUUUUCACCUUAGCAUUUUGUGACUUUUGUCGAAAGCUGCUUUUCCAGGGUUUCCGCUGUCAAACAUGUGGUUAUAAAUUUCACCAGCGUUGUAGUACAGAGGUGCCGCUGAUGUGUGUUAAUUAUGACCAACUUGAUUUGCUGUUUGUCUCCAAGUUUUUUGAACACCACCCAAUACCACAGGAGGAGGCCUCCUUAGCCGAGACUGCCCUUACGUCUGGGUCAUCCCCUUCCGCACCCCCCUCCGAUUCUUUUGGGCCCCAAAUGCUCACCAGUCCGUCUCCUUCAAAAUCCAUUCCAAUUCCACAGCCUUUCCGACCAGCAGAUGAAGAUCAUCGAAAUCAGUUUGGACAACGAGACCGGUCCUCAUCAGCUCCAAAUGUGCAUAUAAACACAAUAGAACCUGUCAAUAUUGAUGACUUGAUUAGAGACCAAGGGUUUCGUAGUGAUGGAGGAUCAACUACAGGCUUGUCUGCCACCCCCCCUGCCUCAUUACCUGGCUCACUUACUAAUGUGAAAGCAUUGCAGAAAUCCCCAGGACCUCAGCGGGAAAGGAAAUCAUCUUCAUCCUCAGAAGACAGGAAUCGCAUGAAAACACUUGGUAGACGGGAUUCAAGUGAUGAUUGGGAGAUUCCUGAUGGGCAGAUCACAGUGGGACAAAGAAUUGGAUCUGGGUCAUUUGGGACAGUCUACAAGGGAAAGUGGCAUGGUGAUGUGGCAGUGAAAAUGUUGAAUGUGACAGCACCCACACCUCAGCAGUUACAGGCCUUCAAAAAUGAAGUAGGAGUACUCAGGAAAACUCGACAUGUGAAUAUUCUACUCUUCAUGGGCUAUUCAACAAAGCCACAGUUGGCAAUUGUUACCCAGUGGUGUGAGGGCUCCAGCUUAUAUCACCAUCUCCACAUCAUUGAGACCAAGUUCGAGAUGAUCAAACUUAUAGAUAUUGCACGGCAGACUGCACAGGGCAUGGAUUACUUACACGCCAAGUCAAUCAUCCACAGAGACCUCAAGAGUAAUAAUAUCUUUCUUCAUGAAGACCUCACAGUAAAAAUAGGUGACUUUGGCCUAGCCACAGUGAAAUCUCGAUGGAGUGGGUCCCAUCAGUUUGAACAGUUGUCUGGAUCCAUCUUGUGGAUGGCACCAGAAGUAAUCAGAAUGCAAGAUAAAAACCCAUAUAGCUUUCAAUCAGAUGUAUAUGCGUUUGGGAUAGUUCUGUAUGAAUUGAUGACUGGACAGUUACCUUAUUCAAACAUCAACAACAGGGACCAGAUAAUUUUUAUGGUGGGACGAGGGUAUCUAUCUCCAGAUCUCAGUAAGGUACGAAGUAACUGCCCAAAAGCCAUGAAGAGAUUAAUGGCAGAGUGCCUAAAAAAGAAGAGAGAUGAGAGACCACUCUUUCCCCAAAUUCUCGCCUCUAUUGAGCUGCUGGCCCGCUCAUUGCCAAAAAUUCACCGCAGUGCAUCAGAACCCUCCUUGAAUCGGGCUGGCUUCCAAACAGAGGAUUUUAGUCUGUAUGCUUGUGCUUCUCCAAAAACACCCAUCCAGGCAGGGGGAUAUGGAGAAUUUGCAGCCUUCAAGUAGCCACACCAUCAUGGCAGCAUCUACUCUUAUUUCUUAAGUCUUGUGUUCGUACAAUUUGUUAACAUCAAAACACAGUUCUGUUCCUCAGAUCUUUUUUUAAAGAUACAAAAUUGUCAGUGCUAAGCUGGUGUGGAACAGAGUGGGACUUCCCAUCCAAGAAAAGAGGGAAGAAUGUUUAGGAACCAGAAUUCUCUGCUGCCAGUGUUUCUUCUGCAACACAAACACCACGUGCAUACAAGUCUGCCCAGUCCCAGGAAGAAAGAGGAGAGACCCUGAGUUCUGACCUUUUGACGGUCAGGCAUGAUGGAAAGAAACUGCUGCUACAGCUUGGGAAAGCCUGCCGGUCGACUGUGCCCUUCUAACCACCAGGUCGAUGUGUGCUGAUCAUCUGAUGGGGCAGUUGCAAUCACCAAGCACCGUCUCUUUCCUGUUCUGGGAUUCUGCUGUGGAGCUCUUUCCCCUCGCCGCCACUGGUUCAUUUCUGAGGGAUGGAACAAAAAUGCAGCAUGCCCCAUCUGUGUGGUGCACGUUCAGUCCCUGACAGGGCUUUAUCAAAAUGAAGCUAUUUUAUUUAAACGGAGGAUGAGGGAAGCGGAGCCAUGUUUUGGUGCAGAGGGAAAGGGAAUGCUGCAUCUUGUUCCUGACCUGGGUUUCUGGCCUUCUGUUUCCCUGCUCCCUGAGGGUAUCUGCCUAGCAAGCAGGCUGGAAAGUGCUGGUACACAUUGCCUCUUUGCUCAUUGGGUCCAGCAAUGAAGAGAAGGGCCUGGGGAUUUUUUUUCCCUCCACAAUAUAGCAAGUUCUCAGGAAAACCUUCCUCCUAAGCUCUUCCAGUCACCAAGUACUUACGUGGCUACUUUGUCCAAGGCACAAAAAUGCCAUGGUGGUAUCUAAUUAUACCUACAAAACUGCUCGAUAACAGUUUUGAAUGUGAGACAUUUGUGUAAUUUAAAUGUAAGGUACAGCUUUUAAUUUCUAAGUUUCUUCUAUUAUAUUUUUAUUGAAAAGAAAAUAAUUUUCAGAUUUAAUUGAAUUGGAAUAAAAGAAUACUUCCCAUUAGAAUUAUAUACCCUGGAAAAUUGUAUUUUUGUUAUAUAAACCACUUUUAAAGAAAAAUCAUUCUCCUUUUCUCUACCUAAAUAUGGGGAGUCUUAGCGUAUGACAAAUAUUUAUAAUUUUUAAAUAAUGGUACUUGCUGGAUCCACACUAACAUCUCUGCUAAUAACUCAUCGUUUCUUCCCAUUUACUCUUACACUACAUGCUCAUUCUCUUUGUAGUCUUUUAUCCAGAAUAUGCAACCUAAAAUAAAAACAGUGGUGUCUCCAUUCACUCUUCUUUUUCCUUUUUCCCCAAGCCUGGUCUUCAAAAGGUUGGGUAAUUUGGCAGCUGAGUUCCCCAGGCAGAGAAUACGGCAAUUUUAGGCGUGUUGGGACUAAGAGGAUGUGUGAGGCCUCACAUCAGUUGUUUUUAUAGCAAGAGCUGCUGUGAUAUUAAAAACCUCAUUCUUUGUCUUUGUGUAAAUGGAAAAUAUAACCUAGUCAUAGCCUCCUUUGGCCUUUUCUAAAGGGUGGUGUAAGUCACAGGAGUGACAAAGAAAGUGUCUCUGGACAUGUUAAUGGCAGAUACCUCCCCUAUCAUGAGUGUAGAAUCUCUUACCAGGAUUUGGUAAUGUAAAUCAAAUGUACUUAGCCCAACCAAGCUAGGUAGCCAAGGAUCUGAAAGAAACUGGACAGGACCUAUAAAAUAAAUCAGGGAAUUAGAAAUUGUUACUUUAAAAUUUCAGAUUGCGACUCCCCCGCUAUCUUUCAGCCUAUUAAAGCUCGCUGCCAGUAGUUGAUUUUUGCUAAAAUACCUGUAUUCACAGGAAGACCUACUGAAAAUUCCAUGGACUUGUAAAAGGUUGUCCCAGUGGAAUGAAAAAUGUACUGAAGUUAUUAGUGAGUUUGAAAAGCAACGUGUUCUUCAUUCUUACAUAAGCAGAGCAGUAUCUUAACAAAAUGCAGAAAUUGCAAAGAUAGAAAUGUUGUGUGCUCAUUGGAAGAGCAUCUUGUGUGUGUGAUGCUGCCUCUUUUAAAAGCAUUGUCUGUUUUUCUUUCUAAUAUGUCCCCAUGGAUGCUUUUCAGCAUGCUUGUGUUCCCUUUACCAAGACUGCAGAGAGCCAGGCUUAAACUAGAGGCAGUCUGCUGAGUAGGCAGAGGUGCAGGGCUACCUGGGCAGCAGGAGCCAGCACAGGAACUAGUUCUGGACGAAGCUCAGCAUUGGAGUUUUCCACGUAAAAUUCAAGGUGAUACACUUUUUUCCCCCCUUUCUUUUUUGAAUAGGUUGCUGUCUCAUUUGAAAAGGAGAAAUAGACUUGAUCUCAAGUGACUGUGCCCAGAAGCCAGGCUCAGCGUAUUCUUGAGAAAUUUGUAUAGAGCCCUUCAAAAAUAAAAAUAAGAUUGGAAAAUUUCCCUUUUCUUCCUUUUUUCUGUCAAUUGUUUUUUGUCUAGUUUACAAUUGACAUGAAAAAGGGGUUUCCCUCUGGGUUUCACUUGCUUUACUGUUUGAUGUUUAACUACAGAUAAACUUGCCGAGCUCCUAAGAAUGCAAGGAGGAACUCCUUGAUGUGCUAAGCACUUUAUGAGAAUUUGUAUAGAUAGUGUGUGGCUGCUUCACUGAUUGUCUUGCAAGGUGGUAAUUCUGUCUUUCUGUAAGGUGGCUGCAGUGCCUUCUGUUGGGCGUUUUAUUUGGGGUAAGGAAAGGUGAAGCCUUCUGAAAAAUUUGAGAACAACCAUAGAAGAUUGUUUUAAAAGAUACAGUAUUCCUGAUGGGCUUUUUUUUUUUUUUAAAUCUUUAAACUAAAGUCUAGGAUCUAGACUUUAGCCAGUGAAAUAAUAGACCAACAAGUAGUUUAUAAAAGGGAUUUGUGAAUAGAAAAAUCCAGUGUGGUUAUUUAUACUCACAUGCACCUUAAAAGAAGGCUCUGUCUAGCUGUCAAAGUCUGGUUCCUGAACAUGCAGUCCCUGAGUGUGUGUGAGAUCUGUAGGACACACUGGGACAUCCUAGAAGAUAAAAUCAUAUAUAUAAAGUAUACAUGUUAUAUUCAUGUUGGUGUUGGAGAAGAAAGGACACUAUAUAGUUAGUAUAAAGAGAAUUCAAGAUUUCAGCACUGUCCACCGGAAACUGUAAAUAUUUCCCAGGUUCUCCUGGGGGUGGUCACAGCUCUCUGUCAUACGGUUACCUUUAUUCAUCGGGACUGCACACCCCUCCGCAGCCCUCACCCCACCCCCGUCCUGUACAUUCACCCUCCGCCUCGGGCAAACCUCAUGUAGCUUUAGUUUGAAACAUACCGCAGAGUUCAGGUGACCUCUUCAAAAAAACUACCUCCUCGGAAUGAGGUAAUGAAUAGUUAUUUAUUUUUAAAUAUGAAGUCAGGAGCUCUAGAACAUGAAGAUGAUUUAGGAUUUUAACUUUUGUGUGUGCUUAUAUUUGAGCGCUCUCAUUUUGUCCUAAAGGGCAUUAUACAUUUAAGCAGUAAUACUGAAAAUGUAGCUCGGAGCGUCUGAACGUUGUUGCAGGUGGUGCCAGAACCUGUGUAGGGUACGUUUCAGAAUCUCAACCGUAGGUCAGUUGCAUGAUAUUAAAGAGUAUGGUAUCACUGCACUAACAAUGAUAUAAUUUUAAUUUUCAGUGGGUUUGGCAGGACAGUACACCUUAAUGAGUUAGCCACAGCUUUGUCACGUGCACAGGCACUCCGGCGGACUGCCCAGCUCAGCGGAUGGGGAACGAUUGCCCGUCUUUCAAGGUCCCCCUCUUGUCCAAGUUGGCAUGGUUAGUGCUAGAAGAGCAGCACCUCUCGAGACUGGCAGAUUCCAGCCACUAGGCUAAAAACACACACGUAGCAGGACACGGAGGCUUACUGUGAGGCUGAACAGGAAAUAGCUUCUGGAUCAUACAUUGGUUAAAAUGGUGUAGGUGAGGCUCUAGAAUAAUACCUUGACAAUUUGCCAAAUGAUCUUACUGUGCCUUCAUGAUGCAAUAAAAAAGCUAAAAUUUUAGCAGAAAUCGGUGAUUUGCGAAGAGAGCAGCCACUCUGGUCUAACUCAGCUGUGUUCAUAUUUUUUAGAGUGCAAUUUAGACUGCAAAGAUAAAUGCACUAAAGAGUUUAUAGCCAAAAUCACAUUUAAAAAAUGAAAAAACACACAGGUAAAUUUUCAGUGAACAAAAUUAUUUUUUUAAAGCACAUAAUCCCUAGUAUAGUCAGAUAUAUUUAUCACAUAGAGCAAAUAGGUUGAAAUUAUAGUUCAGUGACAUUUCUAGAGAAACUUUUUCUACUCCCAUAGGUUCUACAAAGCAUGGAACUUUUAUAUAACAGAAAUAUUUGACAGAUGUUUUAAGAAAUUGUAGUUCAAGGUUGAAGUACUGUGCUGGGCAGCAGUCAUGUGUGUGAACAGUGAGAAGGGGGAAGGAAAUUAAGAUGUGGGGCAGAAUUAGAUUGUAUCAGUUCCCAGAAUACUGCUGCCAACCUAGAUGCUGAUUUUUCAGAGGUUGAAAUACAAACUUACCUUCCAGGACUGGUUGGCAAAUUAAGCUGGACUGUGCUGCUAAUGCUUUUGGGGGCGCUGUGGGGGCAGUGGGGUCUCAGGGCUCCUUUAUGCGGAGGCAGUGGAAUAUUAAUGACCUGGCUGCGGGUAUGAACUGGACCCGCUCCAGGGUAAGCCGCUUGUAUCUUCAUUCCUCGCCACCCCAAGAAGGGCUGUCACAGCGUGUUCUCACUAAGGUGUCUCACUAAGGUGUGUUGCUGAGGCCCGUCGGUGGUUGCGCCCGGAGGGUGCAGCAGCGCUGCUGCCGGAGUGUGUAGCGGCCGGUGUGCUCAUGUUCCGUGUUGCGAGCUCCGGUGAAAUUGGAAACGCUGGUGAGAUUGUUUUAUAUCAGUACACUAGACAGUAAGCUAAGCUUUGUUUUGUUGUUUUCAGAUAACUUAUUUUUACUUCUGUGUGGGCAAAGACCUUUACAUUGAAAUUCAGUCCUAAAUGUUCUCAGUUGUAGAAAGGGUAAUUAACCGUUCCUAUCAGAUAUUUUUAAGGUAAAAGAGAAAAACUUAGUCCUAAAAUCUUAAAUUAAGGUAACAGUGCUUUAUUUUAAAAUGCAUAGGGACAGUUAGUCCCCACCUCAAAAAAUGUUUAAGUAGAUCUUUUAUUUCAGCAUCACAACCUCAACUGUUAAUUUAGUCUUAUUGAUUUACUGAAUCGGUUUUAUUAAAAUGUUUAAUUUUAUUUAGCUGUUUUGACUAAUUACAAUGGUAUAACCAGUUGUGCAUGAGGACACAGCCAGUGUAUUUUUUUUGUGUGUGUGUGAUGCAUUUUUUAAAAGAAUUCUAUAGGUUGAAAUACUCUUUUAAGACAAAGAACUGAAAUAUGUUUAUUCAUGUUAGUAUCAAAAAAAUGAAGGAUUUGUGCAAACUGUCUGCGCCUCCUGGCGGCAGGGCAGGUUGUCCAGCACCCGUGAGCACUGGUUCUCAUCACGGUGCCGGUGCGGGGACUCUCGCGUGGGUUUCCCUUAGGAGAUGCGGCAGGGGAAGGGUUCUGGUUACAAGGGUGCAGGUGGGGAUUAUGAGUAAGUUGCUUAGUACUGGUUUUCUUUGGAAAAUUACUGUGUUGCAUCUGUGUAUUAAGCUUUUUUAACCCAUGUGUGUUUGUGGAGUAGGAGUUACAUAGGAGGAAACUUCAGACUAGGAUAAGCAACAAAGCUCACAGGCUAGGCACAAAUAUAGAGAAAACGGACCAAAUAGGAUGGGCAGGGGGUGGGAGUAAGCCUGAGGGUAGGGAAAGUUUGAUGUGAGGGUGGGAAAUAAACCAUAAUUAUCUGAAAUAAGAUGUAAGAGUGCAAUAAGUGUGCUUUUUAUUCUAAGCUGUGAACGGUUUUUUAAAAAAAUCCUCCCUUCCUUAUACAUGUGUGUAUGCUCUGAGCACAGCUGCUUAAAACCAGCUGUGGGAACAUGAUGCCUUUUUAUUCACGUUAAUUACCAACGUAAGUGGCUAGCCUUCCUGUCUUACUUAACUUCAUGUCACAUUAGUUUACAUACGGGGCUGUGCGCUGGACCUUUCCCUCCUCCAUCUGAAAAUGCAUCAUCUGGUCCUGUUUCCUUUGGCCAUGCCACACAUCGUAGUCUCGGUUUGGCCUUCAUGAUGUCGCCUGAUUGGAAGGACAGUCACAGUGGUAUGUUUUUGUGGUAAUCUCUCUUGUUGGUUGUACACUCGGCCGUUUCCUCACUCAGCAAUUUCUGCUUCCAAUACAGGAGCGUACAACUGAUCGGGAUUGAAUCUGACCAUUUACCAACAUGUUCCUUUGCAUUCUAUAUAGUAGUUAUGAUUGCUUUUUGGUUUAGACCAAGACAAAGGACAUCACCCCCUUCUCAUUUACCUUCAUGGUUUGAGGACAAUUCUUCUGUAAGGGAGAGGAAAGGGAAACCCUUUGUGUUUUAACUGAGGUGAACUCAUGGCUCCAGGUUUACCACUCCAGACCUAUGGCAGUUCACAUACAUUCCUCUCUCGCUGCCAAAGGUGCGAGUUUAGUUCCCUUCAGUCCCACUCGAGCAUUGACAAGGUUCUUAUGCUGGGGUGUGCCCAGGGAAAAGAUGGGGACUUUUCAGUGGUCCACAGACCUCUCUAUACCUGCUUUGCAAAAAUUAUGGAGUAACUAUUUUUAAAACUUAUUUUUCAAUUCAUAAAAAAGGCAUUUAUUUUCAGUCGAAUGGAUGAUGUCUCCCUCUGUCCCCUUAUCCUCAGUGUUUGCUUGAACCUUCUGUUGUUGUUGUUCAAUUCUUCCCCUAACCUACUUCUUGAUACUUUGGUUCUCUUUCCUGCUCAGGUCCCUUCAUUUGUACUUUGGAAUUUUUCUCAUGUAAAUUUGUACAAUGGAAAAUAUUGUUCAGUUUGGAUAGAAAGCAUGAAGAAUUAAAUAAAAAGAUAGCUGAAACUCAGAUUGAAGAAAUUUAUUUCUGUGUAAAGUUAUUUAAAAACUCUGUAUUAUAUAAAAGGCAAAAAAGUUCUAUGUACUUGAUGUGAAUAUGCGAAUACUGCUAUAAUAAAGAUUGACUGCAUGGAGAA